CAGAAGGUUUCUUUUUGUACGCAUGCUAAGUUGUGCAACGGGAAGAUACAUUGAGUGUGACGCCCGCCUCAUAAGUCAAGGCUCUGUAUCGGGAGACAUCAUUAUCGAGAUAUGAAAUCGGAGCCACUUCCUGUCGCAGAGACAUCAAAGCUCCGAGACUAGACUACGAGAUUGUAUCAUCUCGAAUCCGGAAUGUUUCUCAAGAUAUCAAGGAUUUUUGACGCCUUCUGGGUAUUGAGCAGCAAGGCUGUGCCAAAAUUGUUUGUUGAUCAGGUUACAUACAGGGCGCUUGGUGCAACAGCAUGACGUGGUUGAACGCCCUGCUCCUGCUACUCGCAACUCAUCCUCAAAGUAGAGAGAGUACUGACAAGGCUGUCCAUUCUUAUUGAAAUAUUACAUCGUCUCUCUGUCAUGCUGCUACGUUUAGCUGCGACGUUUGCUCUGGACUAUUUGACAGUCCGGAUUCGGAUAUUCUGCGUGAGCAAUUACCAGUUCUUAUGAUUGUGUUCGGUUCAGAAUAUUUGAAUGAUUUGAUUUGACCGGUGGAAAAUGGGAGACUACGAAGACUACUACUCAUCCUCAUCCAGCUCCUCAAGCAGCAGAAGCUCGGAACCAUUCCCAGACACCCAAUGCCGUGGCGAGCUCUACCACGGCAAAGUGUUCCAAAUAUCAACCUGUGAGAAUCCGAAUUUCACGACCACGACGGUUGACGGAAGAUGUUACAACUGCGGAGGCAUGGGCCAACUAGAACUGGAGAGACUGAAAUUGUAUCAUAAGAGCAAGGCUCGACAAGCUGGCUACAGAUGCUGUGAUUCCCAAGACAUGGGGGCUCGAGACACGGGACACAGCAAGAGAUAUGGUGGAAGCCAAAGGAGUGGAUGUGACCCUCGCCCUGCUCAACGAGAAGAUAUGCGCAUGAGUAGCUCUGAUGAAGGAGAUAGGGGGUAUUCUAUGCAGAGAGCUUCGUGUUGUAGGAGUCCGAAUUUCUCCACUACUACUCGCGAUGGGACGUGUUAUAAUUGCGGGAGGUUUCCUGAUGGGAGGAGGAGUUGGUACAGAUAA